ACACCUUCCCAAACAAAACUCCACCUUAUUAUAUAUAUUCACACAAUUGUUACUACCAACCUCACAACAAAAUUGAAAGAGAUAACAACAUUCAUUCAUUCUUACACUAACUCAUAUUUUUGUGCAAAAUAACAGUAUUAAUCUUUGAUCUACUAUGGGUGUAAAUGCAACCUCACGCACAUUAGAAAUCACAGUUAUAUCCGGGGAAAACAUUCAUGGAUCAGAGGACGCGUAUGUUGUCGUUCGAGGUGAGUCUCUAAAUUGUCACACAACAAAAACAGUGAAAGCUAAUAAUGGUGUUGGAGAGAAUUCGAGUUUUCUUUCGGGGAAUGAGACGUUUAUGUUGGACAUGCCGUUGCAUGCAAGGUCAGUCACGUUUGAGGUGCAAAGCAAGAAAUUCAAAGGUGUUCAUCCUAUUGGAGUUGCGAGAAUAGCGGUUGCGGAUUUUCUUGAUGGCGAUGAAUCGGAGAAUUGUAUGCGGGUUUUGAGCUAUAGAUUGAGGGAUUGGGAAGGGAGGAAAAAUGGAGUUAUUCAUUUUGGUGUGAGGGUGGUUGUGCCGGAGAAAAUUUCAGUUACGGUGGCGGAAAAGGAUGCCGUGGUGAGUGGAAAGAAAUGCGGUGAUAGUUUAGCUGGAGUAGAUUUUGGUGGCAAGAAUUCUAAUGGUGUUGUUGUUAUUGGUAUUCCGAUUUUGGCGAAUUACCCUAAUACUGUUAUUUAAAUAUUUUUUAUUUUUAUUUUUAUUUUUAUUUUUUUUAUAUUUGUAAAAGAUUGAUGAAGUUGAUUUUAAUCGUAAUAUAAAUUAAAGUAUCAUGUGUGUCACAAUAAUCAGUAUUGCCUUGCAACCAUUGCUUUAGCAAACAACAAUUCAACUACAUUAGUACUACA